GGGUUGUCUGAGACCCGAGCUGGGGGGCGGGACCGGGAGGGCGAGGAUGGGAGCGGAGGCGGGCUUCCCGGCCUGAGUCUGGCAGAGUCCUCCCAACGCCGCCUUGGACGAGCGUCUCCUCCUUGCUGGGCCUCAGUUUCCCUGCUGUCGGGUCCUUCCCGUGGCGGACAGCCUUAGCCCCGGCGGGGCUGGAGGGAGGCCGAGGGAGUGGGCUCGGAGCUGCCAUCAGGGCGUUAGCCCCUGUCCCAAGUUUGCCGCCCCGUCGUGGUGCGAACCAGACGGCCCAGGUAGACAGCGUGUGUCAGAAGCAACUGAGAAAUAAAUACAAGCUCUGGGAAAGCGUCCUUUCAUCCGAGCUGCUGUGAGCGACUCCGCUCCGUGUGCCUUAAGCUCUGAGGAAAAUUACAGAUCCAUAGGAGACCAGGCUGAGCUGGGGUUACUGGUAGGGUUUCCUUCCCGAAACGAAUUCCCCUCCCUCCUGGUCCUCCACUGACUGACUUCCCACCGUUGUACUUGCCCACCGCGUUUGUGUCUGGGUGCCGGCCUGGCCUGAGCCCGGGGCUCCCGUCGAUGCUGGCACGGAGCUGGCUUGCAUGUCUGCAACUUCGCAGGCACCGCCGGUGUCGGGACGCUGAUUGCCAGCAGAAGGGCCGCCACAGGGACUAAAGCACUGGGAUCCUGUGCCCGGCAGCCACCAUGUUCGCCAAGCUGAAGAAGAAAAUCGCCGAGGAGUCUGCGGUUGCCCAGCGGCCUGGGGGUGCCACCAGGAUCCCCAGGUCGGUGAGCAAGGAAUCCAUUGCCUCUAUGGGAGCUGACUCCGGAGAUGACUUUGCCUCCGACGGCAGCAGCUCCCGAGAAGAUCUCUCGUCCCAGCUGCUGAGAAGGAAUGAACAGAUCCGGAAGUUAGAAGCCAGGCUCUCCGACUAUGCUGAACAGGUCCGAAACCUGCAGAAGAUAAAAGAGAAGCUUGAAAUUGCAUUAGAAAAACAUCAGGAUUCUUCCAUGCGGAAAUUUCAAGAGCAGAAUGAGACAUUCCAAGCCAACAGAGCCAAAAUGGCAGAAGGACUGGCUUUGGCAUUAGCCAGAAAAGACCAGGUAGAAUGUUUGGAAAAGAUGGAUCACCUUGAAAAGGAGAACAGGCUUCUGACAGCUCAGUUACAGGAAGUAAAGAGCCAGAGUCUGAAUCUGUUCCAAAGGAGAGAUGAGGCGGAUGAACUAAAGGGGUUCCAGCAGCAGGAACUAAGUAAAGUGAAGCAUAUGCUGUUAACAAAAGAAGAAAGUUUGGGGAAAAUGGAGCAGGAGCUAGAGGCUCGGACCAGAGAACUCAACCGCACCCAGGAGGAGUUGCUGACUUCCAAUCAGAUGUCAUUAGACUUGAGCCAGAAGCUGCAAGAGCUGCAGAGACACUGCUCGACGCUGGAAGCGCAGAGAGAUCAUGUGACAGCUUCAAAAGCAGGUGCAGAGAGUAAGAUCACAGCCCUGGAGCAAAGGGAACAAGAGCUCCAGGCAUUUAUUCAGCAGCUCUCCCGUGAGGUACAGAAGGUCACUGCGGAAACUCAGGACAAGGACAGAGUGAUCACACAUUUGCAAGAGAAGGUCGCAUCCUUGGAAAAGAGACUGGAACGGAACUUAUCAGGGGAAGAGCAUUUGCAGGAACUCCUGAGAGAGAAAACACUUGCUGAGCAGAACUUGGAAGAUGUCAGACAGCAGCUUCUGGCAGCCAGAGGCAGCCAGGCCAGUGCUGUGGAGGAGCUGGAGACCCGGGUGAAGGACCUCGAGGCAACUCUGCAGGCCUCUGAGGAAAGGCUCCGGCAAAGCAGCGACGUCGUGGCUGCCCAGGAGGCGCAGAUCCAGCAGCUGGCUGCUGCAAACCAGGAGAGUGACAACGUGCGGCAGCAAUGUAUGGAGCGCACCCACACCCUCGAGGCCCAGCUCGCUGCUCUGGAGGUCGCACGGGCAGCUGACCAGACAGCCGCGGAGCAAAGGAUGCGAGAACUGAGGGAAGAAAACGCAGCCCUUAAGGAGAGCAGGAAUGAAUGUGAGCACUCUUUACAGCACCAUCAGGGUGAACUGAAGAAGCUGAAGGAAGAAUGGAGCCAAAGAGAAAUUGUGAGUGUGGCCAUGGCCCAAGCCCUGGAGGAGGUGCGGAAGCAAAGGGAGGAGUUUCAGCAACAGACCACCAGCCUGACAGCUGCGAUGGAGGAGAAGGAACACAGUCUGCGGGAAACAUCCCAGGUGCUUCUGCAGAAGGAGCGGGAGCUUGUGGAGCUAGAGAAAGGUCACGAGUCAGCCCUGCUGCAGCUGCGCCAGCUGCAGAGUGAGUUGGAGGUACUGAGGGGCCUGCGGGCAGUGGAAACCGCGGCCCAGGAGGACCUGCUGAGGCUGCCCAGCACACUGCACGUGAGCUCAAAGACCACGCAAGAUCCUGCGUACCAGCUUCCAGCUGCAGGUGGAAUGCCAAAUGGUGAGCUGGGGGCUCUGGAGCUAGGGAAGUUACAGAAGGAGAAGCAGGACCUGGAGCAGCAGCUGACCGAGAAGAACAAGACCAUAAAGCAGAUGCAACAGAGAAUGCUGGAGCUGAAGAAGACCCUGCAGAGGGAGCUGAAAAUCAGACCUGACAGUGAGCUUUUUGAUGUCCGGGAGAAGCCUGGCCCUGAGCUGUCACAGAUGGCACCAUCGGUUAGCAAUCACACAGACCUCAACGACUCACGCGAGAUCAACUUUGAGUACCUUAAGCACGUGGUCUUAAAAUUCAUGUCUUGUCGAGAGUCCGAGGCUUUCCAUCUCAUCAAAGCUGUGUCAGUCCUGCUCAACUUUUCCCCGGAGGAAGAGAACAUGCUGCGAGAGACACUGGAGUACAAGAUGUCAUGGUUUGGGUCCAAACCAGCCCCCAAGGGCAGUAUCCGGCCCUCCAUCUCCAGCCCUCGAAUACCAUGGUCCUAGGGGGGCCGCCGGGACGGAGCUCCGUGGGGGACGCUGCUUCUGUGAGAAGAUCCCUGGCAUGUCGGUGCGGGUGGGUGUUUAAUCCCUGUAACCGCAGUAUUUUGUACAAGCGUCUGAACGGUGUUUACAAGACUCAAGGCCCGCUUCCCUGCAGGCUGACAGCACCUCCAGAGGGAGCUGCUCCUGUGGCACUCACCUGGCGGGAGGGGACCGGCCGGCACCCCGCCUGCACCCGAACCCUCUACUUAAACCUUAGCACGUGGAGUCACAGCACGGGCUCCUAGCAGGUGGUGGUGGUGGUCGUCGUCCCAUGAUGAUUGUCACGUCUCAAGAGGAUGCUGGAGGCGAAGACCACCCAGGGCGAUGUCUCACUGUGGACACCCGCCUCGUUCCCAGCCCCUGUCCCAGGCUGGUGGCUGGGCAGGGCACUCUCCACUCAGGGGUGUGGGCACAGAGGAGUCAGGGCAGGUGUCUGGAGCCCUCUCAGGAAGACCUCCAGCCUCCCAGCUCGCAGACAGGCGCUGGUGGAAGAUGCAGCUUUCUGAUUGCGUCUGCAUUUCACUGCAAGAACUAACCAGUGUCCAGGCCCCCAGUGUAGCACCAAAUACACUCAAUUGCCUUUGGAAUGAACUUAACUGUCCCAGAUGGGUUGCUGGUAAACCAUUUUGGCUCUUUGCUAUUAUCGACAUGUCUUCUGUCUCAGAACAUUCACUUGACGGAAGUCCUUCAAGGAAUCGGCAUCCAGGGGAAAUCAUUCUGACACUGGGAUUCCUGUCCCCGUGGUCCUGCUAGCACCCCAUGACCUCUGCUGCGACCCCGAGCCCUGCCCCCGGCCAAGGGUCACCACCUUCGACACAGACAAUCGCCCCAACCCACUCCGUCCCCUCCCCCGGCCAUGUCCUCCCUCCUCCUGCCCAUGGUCUUUUACAUGCCACCUGCUCCCAGUCCACAGCCACUUCCCUUGCCAGCACAGCCACAGUCCUGGUGACCCUGGUGGCCCGGAAGAGCCUGGGUUUGUUCUAUAAGGACACACCCUUACUCCGGAUGAGGCAGGCCAGAGUGGCUGGAGCUCCACUUAGGUCAGUGUCCAUGAUGGACAGUGGUGUGUCUGUUGUGCUUCGGGUCAGAGCCCCAGUGUGUGCAUAGACAGGGACAGCCCUUAGAGCUGCCAGCCUGGAUGAACCUAGGCCUGCACCAAGGCUUCCCAGCACCCCUUUGCCCUGCCCCUCAGGUCACCUGCCUCCUGCUGGGGCGUCCACAGGACUGUUUACCUGCUGGGCACAGGAGACGGGAUCCCUUCAUUCAUGAAGGACUGGCAGCCGCACACACGUGCCUACGCCUGGGAGGGUGAGGCUCGUGUGGAAGCUGGCCCACCUCCCCAGGACUCCUCUAGCCCACCCCCAGCUGUUCUGGCCCAGGGUGUCCCUGAGUGUAUUUGCUUAGGGAGGGAGGAGGCGCUCACUUGGAUUCAGGGUCCCCUCCUGCAUGUGGAAUUUCCCUCAGCUUUAAGAGGAAGAAUGGAGUAGAGACUUUGUAAGUGACUGAUGCACUUUGGCUUGUAUGAAGCGUCCUGUGACUUGUAUGAAGGCCGCAUACGCAGCCCUUAUUGAAUGCUGGCUCUUGAUCCCUGUUGUACAUAGGACUGACUAUAUCCCCAAAACUGCUGUAGGAGACUCUUUUGUGGUGCAAUACACUUUUGGAUCAAA